AUGCAUAGUCUCGCGGCGCUAUCGUUAUGGCUCUGCGCAGCUGGAUUAUCCCUGGCCGUACCGAACACAUCUUCCUUCGAGAACGUCGAGACAGAGAAUGGACGUAUCACAGGCCAUCGCUCGCUUGAGGCAAACGAGGUCUGGGAAUACUUGGGUAUCCCGUAUGCACAACCGCCGCUCGGAGCAUUGCGAUUCGCUGCACCCCAGAGGUACAAGGGCAAUGGAACAUACAUUGCAGCCAAUUUCUUUACCGCUGGUGCAGGGACACUUCGAAGUGAGGACUGUCUCACUUUGAACAUAUGGUCAAAGCCAACAUUAAAAUCGGUCAAGGCGAAGAAGCCUGUUUUCGUUCUAUUCCAUGGAGGACGUUUUGCUGGCGGUAACACCAACACACCAUUCGCAAAUGGCCAAUACCUCGCUAACAACGAGGAUAUCAUUGUUGUCUCCGUCAACUAUCGACUGAACGUUUUCGGUUUCCCUGGAGCACCAAACGCAGAUACUAACCUUGGACUGCGUGACCAACGUCUGGCGGUGGAAUGGCUCCAAAAGAACGUUGCAGCAUUUGGCGGAGAUGCAAAGAAGAUUGUUAUCGCUGGCCAAUCUUCUGGCGGUGCAGCUGUCGACUGGUGGUCUUAUGCUUAUCAAGAGGAUCCUAUCGUCCAUGGUCUCAUGUCCACAUCAGGCAACACGUUCAGCUUCCCUAUGAACUCGCCAGAGCGACAAAGGUCUAAUUGGGACAACAUCACUUCUCUAGUAGGCUGCGCUUCCUCAAACGACACAAUGGCCUGCAUGCGCAGCCAACCCUGGGAGACGCUCUCAAAAGCCGUAACCAAGAUUGCUCCCAGUCCGGGUGGCAGUCCAGUCCGCUCAACGCCACCGUUCUACCCUCUGGUUGACAACGAGACGGUUUUCGCUGACUACAUUUCUCGCUCGGCAUCUGGCCACUUCGCCAAAUUACCUUAUUUCCAUGGCCAUAAUGAUCACGAGCAGGGCUACUACGUCAUACCAGCUUUUGCUCAAGGUCGAAACGUUACGGAGCAGCAAGCCAGUCAAUUCCUCCUAGAGUCUUUCGUUUGUCCCAUCUCCUACGAAGCUAGAGCACGUGUCGAUGCUGGUGUUCCCACGUGGGUUUACCGGUACUAUGGUGACUGGGACAACACACGUCUAUACCCUACAUCCGGUGCAUACCAUGGAACAGAACUACACAUGAUCCUAGGGGGCUCUGCAGAUGCCAGUGGUCUUCCUGAAACGCAGGUUCAGAAAGAUACUGUCAGACUUGUGCAGCGCGCUGUUGCGGCGUUUACUGAGGAUCCGAAGGAAGGGCUGACCAAAUUGGGGUGGCCGGUUUUCGACCCAGAGAAGAAGAGCUGGGGCGAGAUUGCCGUGGACAACAAAGCUAAGGUGACAUUUGCGAAGCCCGAGAAGUACGACGCGCAUUGUGGUAACAUCACUCUUGGGGCUUUGCAAGGUAUGUCGUAG